CCUUCAUACUUACCACUCUCACCUCACCCAGCCCGCGUUCUCGACGGCCUCGAUGCAGUCUCUCCGCAUGCUGUCUAAGACGGCCGCAGCCGCAGGCUCGAGCCGAAGAUGGCUGCAGACGUCUGCGGCGCGUCUGGCCGUGUCGAACUUCCAGAUGCCUGCCAUGUCCCCGACCAUGACAGAAGGAAACAUUGCAUCAUGGAAGAAGAAGGACGGAGAGGCCUUCGCGGCGGGAGACGUGCUGCUUGAGAUUGAAACUGACAAGGCAACAAUAGACGUUGAGGCUCAGGACGAUGGUAUCAUGGGAAAGAUUCUCGCUCCGGACGGCACGAAGAACAUCCCCGUAGGGAAGACCAUUGCUCUACUGGCGGAGGAGGGUGACGACAUCUCCAACCUCGAACCACCAAAGGAGGACACACCAGCCCCGCCAAAGCAAGAAGCCUCUUCUUCUGCCCCGACCCCUCCGAAGUCAGUACCCGACAAGCAAGAUGCUCAGCCUUCCUCCCCUUCUCCCAAUCACUCCACGGUGCAUCCCAAGAGCCCCCAUCCGCUAUUCCCUUCCGUCUUGCGCCUACUUCAGGAGAAUGGGAUCGAGAAUACGGACAAAAUCAAGGGGACUGGUGUGCGAGGUAUGCUGACUAAAGGCGACGUCCUGACAUACCUCGGCCGAGCGAGCGGACCCAUGGGAACAUACAAGGAGACGCCUUCAGACGUCGUCACCAAGUCUGGCGGCGACCAGACGCGGCCACAGAAGAAAGAGGAACCCCAGUUAUUGGACGGUGCAGCGGUGCGCCAGCUGAUUGUUAGGAACAUGUUGGAGGCGUCCAUCAAGGCCCGCCAGCCGCCAGCAGCACCGCCGGCGGACUUUGACUCCAUCAUUGCUGACUACCUUCCUCACGCGAAGGCUGCCGGCACUUCUCCUGCGGCCUCGAGUCUCCCAAAACCUACAAAAUCGGCUGCUGGCUAUCUGGACGGGUUGAUCUAGGUUACAUGUGCUCCUUCGCCUGAUGUGAUUGAAUAUUACAUAGACGUCUUAUGCCUGAACGCCCCCAGUGCCCCAAAACGAUCGCGAAAAGGUGAGUGUCAAAUCAGCAAUAGCGAGUC